UGGUCCUGUAUGUCAUCGAGUCAAAAAUGGAGCACAGAUCCUAAUCUCCGUGCCCGCGAACUGGGCUCUAGAUCUGCUAUCUGCGCCGACCUCCACGAGCCCGAAUACGCCAUGCGCGACGCUGAAAUCCGAGAUGCACUCACGCAUCUUGUAUCAUUGAUCCAGGCCUUCAGUCGUGAGUUCUUUAGCGGCGAGGUCCAGAUCCCCGCGCCCGACGGCAUCCUCCCAGCGUCAUUCUACGCGCAAAUGACGCCGCAGACGGUCAAGGUGGUACACUGCGUUGCGAGUGGCGGACCGGCAGGCCAGUGGGGGUGGCACGAUUUGUUUCUGAACGAGGAGAAGAGACUGGCACUCGUAUGCGGAGUCAUCGGAAACGUUUUUGUAGAGCAGGUAUUUGAGAAUGUGUGUUUUGGGCUCGGCAAAGAAGACAAAGAUGCUUUUUUUGCUCUCGAGCGAGAAUUAAAAGACGAGGAUGGAUUUACCCGACACUCCAAAUUCUCCCAGACGCUCCACUGCCUCACCCACAACGCCACCACCCUCCCCCCUACCUCCUUCACCGCACACAUCCAAACCAUCCUAGCAGCACUAACCACACACCUCACACCCCUCCUCUCCCUUCUGCACCCCUCCCCGCUCUCUACCCUCCCCUCCCUUCUCCCCCCCUUACUAACCCUCACAACCCGCGCCGCCCUCCUCUCCCUAAACAUGCACCUCUCCCCACACACACUCUACCGCUUCACUCCCUCCUUCAAAGAAGACAGCUACACCCCUUCCCACAUGCACUGCACAAACGCCACCCAAAUGCAGCAAUCAUGCCCGCACAACCCAUCUUCUGUGCUCACCUCCGCCGAACAAGCCCAGCGCGCCACACUCUCCAAAGCCGAGCUGCGCCGCAGCAAAGGAGACCAGGCGCUGACGCAGAUUAUCGUGUUUCGCGGCGUUGUCGCGUUUCGGAAGGGUGGCUGGGAAGAUGGCACUAGUACGGAGGGGGAUGUGGUGUUUGAAGAGGAAGAGUUUGGGGAGGAGGGGUAUAGGGAGAGGGUUGUGACGAAGGGGUGGGUGUUUUGUCGGUGGGGGAGGGGUGUGAUGAGGGGGGUGGAGGAGCAGGUAGGGAAGAAGGUGCAUGGGGAUGCGUGGAGGGAAGGUGGGUUUGUGGAGUUUACGGCGUUGGAGGGGGUGUGGGAUUGGUUGGGGGAGGAGGAGAGGGCGAGGAAGGGG